CAAAACACGAACACCGAAAAAAAAAACAUCCGCACGUGCUUUUAUUCGUCGUCACGCAACCGAUGGAAUAUGCAAUGCUAUGAAAAUGGCAGGACUUGACGCCUUGAAAUCAUAUGGAAGCGAUAGCAGCUCCGAAAGUGAUGGUGUUCCCGACGAAUCCCUUCAAACAAGCAGACAGGAACCGGGAUUCAAAAACCAGGUCCAAAGACGCUCCCCCACAGCUGAGAUCAGCACCCUGCCACUGCCUGGUGAAAUCCUUUCCAUGUUUAGUAGUCCAUCCUCUGAAAUAAACAGCCCUAUAGAGCAUCAGGGGAGGAUCCGAAGCUUUGCUCAUACUCCAGGAAACUGGGCCACGUUUGUAUACAUACAAGCUGAAACUCCCAGCCUAUCCAGCCUCACAGAGACAUUGAUGUCCUGCUUGCCUCAGGAUCUGACCUUUCACCCCAGCGAUGACCUCCAUCUCAGCCUAUCCCGAACAGUGUGUCUACAGUUCCACUGGAUUGACCCAUUCAUACAGUCAUUUCGCGAGAGGGUUGGAGGUCUAAGGUCAUUCAAAUGUCAUGUUGAACAGGUGGAUGUGUACACCAAUGAUGAAGAGACAAGGACAUUUCUGGGUUUGAAGAUUGGAGCUGGCCAUGAAAUCUUAUGUGACCUGGUGAAACUGACCGAUGACUGUCUUCAAGAGUUCUCAUUGCCAGUAUUCUAUGAGGAUCCAUCAUUCCAUGUUAGUUUCUGCUGGUGUGUUGGAGAUGUGUCGUCUAAGAUUGGUCCCAAAGUGUUGCAAGAGCUACAGAAUAAGUUAAACAACCAUCUUGGUGAACUUUCAGUCGAUGUGCGUGAAAUCCGCUGCAAGAGCGGCUGCAAGAAGUUUGUCUUUCCGCUAAGAUGAAAUUCCUGUGUGGCUUUCACCAGAUGGCACUGUCGAAGAGAAACGGUACCAGCACUGCUAAAUCAACUGCAAGCGCUGGUACAUUCUUCUCCACAUGACUUGACAAGAACAGCUGUGAGAGAUUUCUUCUGGGAUGGUCAUCACUCAACCCAUUCAGGGAGACUUCACGUGAAUGCCAAUUAUAGUGAUAGAAGUCCUUGUGGCUUCUACCCAGAAGGGCUACGGAAGAACUGCUACAGGUGUAGAAGUUUCUUCCAUGAAGAUUAGGUCAAGUGGCUUCAAGUAAGUCCCUUGGUAAAAGAAAACGGUAUCUGCACUGCUUAGUCAACUGGAAGCUCACGUGGGUUUAUGCUCAACAGGACUUGACAAGACCAGCUGUAAGAUGUGUGUAUUUCCUGUAAGAUGUACUUUGAUGGAGGGAAGAUUUCACCUGCAAAGUUCAGUCAACUAGAAUGGCAUGUGGCUUCUCCUCAACAUGACCUGGCUGCAAAAGAAAGAGAAGAAUGAAAAGAACCAGGUUCAUACACGAAAGAAUGGUUUGUACAGACCAGUGAAUUGAAAUAUCAAUUCCUUGAAACAAAAAAAUCAUAAAGUCUGGAUUUUUCAUACUUUCUUCAUGCAAUUUUUUCUGAGAUAUUCUUUUUAAUGAUAUUGAGAUUUAAUUUAUUUGAAUUAUUAGGGAAUUAUGUGUUAUACUAUUGGUGAAUUCAAUUUUGGAUGGCUCCAACCUGACAUGUAGUGCAUAAAGAUCAGUCUCGUGGAUUGAUGCUUGGGUUUUUAUAAACUUUCAUAAAACAUGAAUACACAAUAUACAUCAAUGAGUCAUGAGAAAGUACAAUAUGCUGUAGAUUUCUGUGGAAACUCAUGGGAUUUUGAAAAUGUGUAAUUGUAUUAACUCAGGUAUGAAAUUUAAAGCUAAAUGAACGUAGUUGCAGUAAAACACUGAUUUCGUGAGAAAGUCAGUAAAACCAAGGUAAAAUAUUAAUAUAUCAUCGUGGAUCUAGAUCUGGUACAGUUACAUAAACUGAACUUUGUUAAAUCAUAAUAUCUAGCUAAAAAACGAUCACACUGAAGAUCGCCUACACAGAUAGGCACACGUGGGACAGUGUAUUAUUAUUGCUGGAAUAAAGACCCGACGGAAGUGACCGAAUCCGCGCUUAUUUUGCUUAUUUCUCAGCAAUUACACAAUUUCUUCCAGAAUCCUUUGGCACAUAUUUUUUAUUUAUACAAACAGACACUUUGGUGAUCAUUGUAUUAAAUUCUGUAAAAAGUCAUUUUGAGAUCGUUCCCAAAACUGGAAUUUACCUUUAAGCACCUGGAGAAUAUUGCCCUUCUGGGAGCACACCUGCCAUAUAACGUUAUCAGAAGUUGCUCAAGACUUGAAACCCUUGUUUAUUCGAAAAUAUUGUUCACAAUAAAGCGCAAAAAUUCAA